GAGAUGGAACUCGUGGAAGUUCUCGCCACGCGUUCCUUAAAGGAUCGAGUGGGCCAACAGGAGAAGAAACAAAAGUUUUAUGGUGUGGCCAAGCCCCAAAAGCGCAUUUGCACCUCGUGGGAAGAAUGUAAGCAGUAUGUACACGGUGUCAAAGGGGUUGUGUACCGCAGCUUUGCCACCCGUGAAGAAGCAGAAGAGUUUGUGAACAACCCACCACUUGCAGUCACCAAGACCAGAAAGCAGCCACCAACGGAGGAGAGCAACGGAGAGGCCAAGAAGAGCAAGAAGACCAAGAAAAAUCAGCAGAGUCGAGAGGAUUCUGCAGGCGACGAAGAGCCACAGCAGCCCGCAAAGAAGCGGCGUUCCACGCGGACGAAGAGCACGGCCGAGGUGCCAGAGAACAGUGAUGCGAAAUCAGAGAAAGGGUCUAAUGAAGAGGAUAUUGCUGCGACUGCAGAGGUGCCCAAGGGCAAGAAGAAGGGCCUCCUGGCACUUGCAAAAGCAAAAGCCAAAGCCGAUGCAAAGGCCAAGGCGAAAGUCAAAGCAAAAGCUGAAGCAAAGGGAACAGGGAGGACCACCUCGGAGGAAAAGCCGCAGUCCGCAGCAAAAGGAGAAGCCAAGGCAAGUGCCAAAGCCAAAGCCAAAGCCAAGACACCAAAAGCCAAGGUGCUUCAGCCUGUGAGCUCCGCUGACGCAUCUCCAGAGUCCCCAGCUGCAGCAGCAGCAGCACCCGCAGCACACGGCAUCAGCGAGCAGGUGCUGAUGGCGGCUGACAGCUGCGGCUUGCGAACUGCCCUGCGGAAUUUGGCUUCGCGGCCUGAGAUCGUGGCCUGGAAGAGAUGA